AUGAAUAUCAAUUCUAGCAAUAACCAUGACGCAAAUACAGCUAUUCCGUCGCUGCUGCUCCGCAAGAUUGACCGGCGAUUGAUUCCCCUGCUGUUCACAACAUACAUGCUGAGCUUCAUGGACAAGACCAUCCUGUCCAGUGCUGCCGUCUUUGGCUUGAUCGACGAUACUCAUCUACAUGGACAACAAUACAGCUGGGUCUCGAGUAUGUUUUACAUUGGAUACCUCGUCUGGGAAUUGCCCACCAGUCUUCUCAUCCCCCGGCUGCCGGUCGCCAAAUAUCUGGCUGUGAACACUCUCUUCUGGGGCGUGGUUGUGGCGUUGACAUCUGCUUGCUUCAACUAUAGCGGACUGCUGGUUGUCCGCUUUUUUCUCGGAGUCGCGGAGGCGACCAUAACACCGGCCUUCAUGUUCAUCACUUCGACAUGGUACACGCGUGACGAGAUUCCCAUUCGCACUGCUAUCUGGUUUGCGGGAAACUCGAUCGGUGGUCUUCUAGCCAGCAUCUUGGCCUAUGGCAUCGGCCAUGUCGAGCAUCCUCUCCGGCCGUGGAUGUGGAUGUUCAUCAUCCUGGGUCUCACCACCUUUGUAUGGGCAUUUGCGCUUCUCGCGUUCCUUCCCAGUAGUAUCUCGACUGCUUCGUUCUUAACGGAAGAGGAAAAGGAAUUAAUCAGCCACCGGGUCAUCACUGCCGGAACAGGCCGCACAGAGGGAACAAGCUGGAACCGCGACCAAGCUGUCGAGUGUUUCCGUGACCCAAAAACAUGGCAUCUCCUCGCAAUCGCCUUUCUGACACAGAUCCCCAACGGAGGUAUUCAGAACUUUGCCAACCUUGUCAUCGAGUCCUUCGGGUUUACAGCUCUGCAGUCGACGCUGGUCAAUAUCCCGUUUAGCAUCAUCGGCGGCGCAACAGUCACCUACACAGGCUGGCUCGCAGGCAAGUUUCGGAAAGUCAACUGCAUCCUUAUUGCGCUUAUCCUCGCAUUUGCCGGCACCGGAAGUGCAUUAAUUCACGCGCGCAUCUACCAUAUCUCGCAAGCUACCCAGCUUCUCGGUUUCUUUCUCCUUGCUGUAGGGCCUGGUGCGCUGCCUCUGACCAUGUCCCUAGCCCAGUCAAACUACAAGGGUGUCACCAAGAAGAUGACCAUGACAGGGUCAAUGUUCGUCGCAUACUGCGUGGGAAAUAUCGCAGGUCCUCAUCUGUUUCGGGCGAGUGAAGCACCAGCUUAUGAGACUUCUUUCCGGAUAAUUCUGAUCUGCUACGCCCUUGCAGCAACGCUGGCCCUCUCUCUGCAUGUAUACCUCCGUGUCGAGAACAAACGUCGCGAUCGACAAGAACGAAGGAUCCUGAGGGAUGUAGCUGCGCAAUCCGGUCUACCAGGAAGCACUGAAGUCUCCCCACUCAUAAGACGGACCACUGAGCAGACAAAAAGGGAUGAAGAUCUGACCGACUGGGGUACAUUUGGGUUCCGCUACCGAUGUUAG